ACAUUAUAAACAACAAUGGCGGGAGUUAUCACUGAUGGCAUAUUACAAGAAGUAGAAACUGGGGUGGAAGCUAUUUCUAACCUAGAGUAUUCUAAUGAUAACAUCAUUCCUAUUGAAGAAACUGACAUAGAAAUUCAGUCUACUGAAAUUAACGUAGGUACUGAAACUCAUGAGAAGUUAAUAAAACUACCACUAUCUCGAAUCAGAGGUAUUAUCAAGACAGACACAGAUGUAAAAAUUGCUAGCCAUGAAGCAGUAGUAACCCUCGCAAAAGCGGCUGUAAGUAUAAGUAGUGAAAGAAACUAUUAUUAUAAUUAAGUUAUGGGUAAAUUCAGAGAAAGCGGCCCGCGUUUAUUUCCAUGCGCGCACUUUUACGUCUUAAAUGGAUCCCUAUACUAUAAUACUAUGCCAUGCCUAACCUGAACCCUAAAUCGAUCCCUAUGCCUAACCCGCACCCUAAAUCUAUCCCUAUGCCUAACCCGAACCCUAAAUCUAUCCCUAUGCCUAACCCGAACCCUAAAUCUAUCCCUAAGCCUAACCCGAAAUGUAUCCCUAAGCCUAACUGGAACCCUAAAUCGAUCCCUAUGCCUAACCUUAACAAAGUCAUUGUGGGCCGCUAAAUCUGAAACAGCCAAGUUAUGGCCAACUGCGUUAAAGGUUAAUUACCGGUAAAUUUAUGCUAUCAACGCCACACAUGUCCCCAUAUUUUUGCAUUACCCGGUACUAUUUUUGGUAAAUUUACGCAAUCCCUGCCACUUAUUUCCCAUGGCCGCCAUCUGCUAAAAAGAGGAGGGAAGAAAGAGAAUUUGCUGUUGUGGCUAAUUCCACAGAGAGAGAAAAUGGGAAUCAAAUUUUAAAAUUUAAUCAAAUAAUUUCAGCUGGUACAUUAAUUUCAUGGUGAAGGUAGCAACUUUAUUGUAUCCCUCUAGAUAUGCAACAAAAGUGUCAACAACUUGCAGUCACCCUCUUUCCUGAUGUAAUUUCAGCUGAUUUAUGCUCCCUUCUAUCAUCCAAAACAUGUGUCUACAGUUAUGAGUUACACACAAUGGUAAGAUCAGUGUGAAAAUGAAGAAAAACAAUAGAAAAUAUUUUUUAAAUAAUGAAAACUCAACUUAACGUUUCAAGUGAAUAGAAUACACUUUUACACACUUUAAUUUUAGGUUUCACCAAAAAAGGAAAAUCUAAAAGUUUUCAGAUAAACAAAAUAAUACUAUACUGUUACCCAUUUUCCAAAAUGCAGGAAAAUUUAAAUAUUACGGUAUAAUUAACCACCCAAUGAAAUUGUAAGUUAAAUUAUUCCAUUGUUGUACUAAAGAGAAGUUAACUCUAAGUAACAAUCUAAGAAUAAACAGAAGGGAGAGAAUCCUACACCAUAAAGACAAAGUGGUGCGGAUUGCAUAAAUUGACCCUAUUUUUUUCCCACACCAAAAUUUAUGGAUGUGUAUUUAAAAAAAGAGUGCAAAAAAAAGGUCUGUCUGCUAUAAUUGGGAGAGAAAAGGGAAAAAAAUGAGUUGUUUAAACUAUUUACAGAGAGAAACUAAAAUUAGGAAAAAUAUGUUCAAAUUUUAAUGUAAUAUUUUGAGAAAAAACUUUCAAUUCGAAAAUCAACUACACUGCCUAACCCGAAUCAGACAGUGUUCCUAACUCAACCCUAAAUUCCACCGUAAAGUUAGUGCCCCCUAACUUGAGCAUAAAUUUACCCCUAAAUUUAAUGUCGUCCCCUCACCCCCAAACUUUAACAUGAAUUUUCAAACCUAAAGAUCUAUGACCUAUCGCCAGCAUGAACUCUAAAAUCAUGUGUUUGUGUGAUACAGUUACACACUGUAUUGCAAUGAGAAAUUAAAAAGAUAAAAUGAUGUUAUAAAUAGUAUAAAUAAUUAAAACCCAACUUACCGUUUCAUACCAUACACUUUUACUUUUACACACUUUAUAUCAGAUUCCACCCAAAUUAAAAAUCAAAAAGUGAAAGAAAUAGCAUAAUAAUAAUAAUAAUACAUUUUCCAAAAGCAGACAAAAUAGCCUCUUACCAUAACCUCGUUUUUGAAAUACAAUUAACUACCUUUUGAAAUAUUAAUUUGAAAAUCCAUCAAUCAAAAACAUUCCAAUUGGCAUACUAAUAUUACAAAAAGAAAAGCUAAUUCACCUCGAAUAGCAAAGGGGAGAGAAUCCUACACAUAAAUUCAAAGUGGCAUGGAUUGCGUAAAUUAACCCAGAUUACAUCUUUUAAAUGUAACCUCAGAAAUUUUUAAAAAAUAAUAAUAAAUGGCUGAUGUUGGAUAGAACAGGUAACAAACGGUAAAUGUGUAAAAUGAUUAAUGGUAUUAUGGGUUUUUCCAAGAGUUGUCUCAUCCUCAGCACAGUGACGUUACAUUGGGGAAUCCCAGCACUUGACUUAGGGUGACCGAAUCAACAGUUGGACCUAAACGGGAUAUGUAUGAUAACUUUCCUGCUCUUUAUGGAGCAGUAUUAGCGUCUCCAUAAAUAGCAGGACAGUUUAUAGGAAAUAUUAAAAUGAAAUUUUCCAUUCAUUUUCAUUCCAAUUGAACUUACGCGAUUCAAGACAUUUAUACCCGGUAAAAGAAACUCAUUCUUAAGAUGCACACAUUGCUAAAACUUAAAGCUCAAUGCUUCAUGUCUCACAUUGAUUGGCCUGAGCAUAAUUUGGGAUGAACAUAGUCAUUUUAUGUAUUCUACAGAUAUUUUAUCUCGCCGAAGACCUGUACUCACCCUCUUCCCUAGCUUAGUCUCAGUUUGAGUUGUUAUAUACAGUGCACUGAAGUUUAUAGCUUAAGUUGUAAUCUGAUAAUUGUCUGCGAAAGGACAGUCUUACAGCCUGUACGUCAAUCUUGUUUUUAUUCACCACAAACAGUGGCCCUCAACCUUACCUCCCCUCCUUUUUUUGUGUGAAUAUUGUUAGUUAAUAUCACUAGCUUUUGCUAUGGUAUCAUUUUUCUGUGUAUACUGGUUUUCAAUCCUUCGUUACGUAUUGUUCAUUCAACGAACCAAAUCUUAAAACAGAUAAAAUUUUUGAAACCAUUUAACAAAAUGUAACAAUGCUACUCACUCUGCAGAGUAUUGGCAUUUACCUUUAACCCUACCAUGUAACACCUUUUAGACUUCAUUGUCUACAGCCCAAUGAUUUGAUUAUUUUUAAAAAUGUUAAUGUAUUUUAUUUUGGAUUUUUAAGCUAGGAAACAAAAGUUGCAACAUUUGUUUUAGUAAGAAAAGUGAUCUUGCGUAUUUUUAUCUAUCAAUACCUGUUUAAUUACCAGUAUAUUAUAUCCUACUUCUUUCUGCUUCUACCUUUUGAAAUUUUUUAAAUUAUAUUUUUAUCAAAAAUAUUUACAGGAACUUUUCAUUCAGAGCUUAGCCAAAGAGGCUGCAAUGCGCACAGUUAGAGACAAAAGGAAAAUAGUUUUACGUAAACACUUGGGUAUGACUUCCUUCUCUACUAAAACAUUUUUUCAUUUUAUUUUGUUACAUUAUAUAUUCACAAAUGUUAGUGCAUUUUUGGUCAACUAAUUGUAUGUCACUUGACAUCUCUUAACUUAAGGCUGUUUUCAAGAUUUACUUAUUUGAAAUUUAACAAUUUUUUAUUUUUUGCUUUAGAUUCUGUGUUUGAAACAAAAGAUUGCUAUUCAUUUUUAGAAGGUAAGUUUGGAAUAAAAUGUUUAACAUAUUCUUUCACCUAGGUACGGUACUGAUAAUAAUUUAAAAAGUAAAUAAAUUCAAAUACCUAGGAUCUUUAUUAAAUGAAAGAAACCAAUUACUAACACUAAUAGAAAUAAUAUCCACCGGAAACAGAGCAUACGGAAACAGAGCAUACGUCUGUAGUCAGAAAAUAUUCAAAAGUAAAAACAUUAGAAGAGAAAGAAAGAAAUCUAUUUAUAAAACUAAUCAGACCAGUUGUAACAUGGGAGAUAUGCAAGUGAAACUUGGACCCUUAAAAAACCAUCAGAAACCUAUUAAACAUAUGGGAGAAAAAAGUUAUCUGGAAAAUAUAUAUAUGGACCAACAAAGGAUAAAUAUGAAUAUAUGAAUAUAAAUAUGAACCAACCAGGAACUGCACAGUCUAUAAUUAGAAUCCCACACUAGUAGCAGAAAUAAAAAAAAAGGGUAGGCUACACUGGACAGGACACUUAGAAAGAAUGCCAAAUAGAGGAAUGAGGUGCAUCACCAAAACCCCAGAGGAAAAGGCUCAAAGGCAGACCUAGUCUUGGAUGAUGUGGAAAAAGAUCAACAGCAGCAGGAAAUCCAAGCAUGGAAAAGAAAAGCAUCAGUUAGGUCUGAGUUGAAGGAAGUGGUGAAGCUUGCCAAAGCCCUACAUGGGCUGUUGGCCACAGGGAUGGAUAUGUUAAAUGAUAUGUAUGAUUAUAAUUUUUUUUUAAUCUUUGCUCCCCCCCCCCCUUUAUUUUAAUUUAAAAAAUGAUAGUUUAAGUUCUUGUACUAGUACUAGCACAAAUACUUUCUACAUUAAUAAAUUACAAGUAACUGUAUUUAAUAAUUUAAUACAGUUCUUAGUUCUUUCAUCUUCUUUUUUCUUAUAGGUGUCUUAGAAAGCUUUGAAGAUCAAGCAUGACAGUUAUUAAAGAUCAUCACAAUAUUUUUUCCACCAAGUCAAUAAUUAUUAUGAAAUACCUACCAUUGUGUAAAAUAAUCAUUACUAUUACCAGAAUAUAAAUACAUUGAAUUAUAUACAUAAGAUAAUAGUUUUUGUUUUGAAGGGAGAAACUGAUUAUUGUAACCUUAUUUGUUAGACUAUUAGUAGGCUAAACUUAAAUUUGCAUUUUUUGGGGUGACCUUAAUUAGGAGUUUUGAUAAUUUUUCAAACAGUCGGUCCACUGUUGACAUAUUUUAACAAUUUUUUAUUAGAUUGCAUUUAAACUGAUUGUAAACAGUAUAUUGCAAAUAUCUUCAAAUCAGUGAAUAGUAAAAGUAGGCAUUAAACUACAAACAAAC